CCGAUCAAAGCGAGAGCAGAUAGUAGGAAAAUCACCCUCUUUUUAUUGGGGUCCACGGGGAACAGACCCAAGAUGCUAAGGACCCUGGUGUUGGGCAGGAGCCUUCGGAAGUCCUCUGGUUUCUCCGUCUUGGUCAAGCAGAUGUGGGGGGCUCUCCGCAGUCAUCUGCGAAGGCCGGAGCGAUGGUGCUUGCAGGGUCCCUGUGCACAAAGAAAUCGGAAUGACACUUUGCACCCCCUCUGGAAGGGCCCGGCCUCCGUGCGGCAGGGCACCCGACAGUCGCCCAUCAACAUCCGCUGGAGGGACAGCGUCUACGACCCGCAGCUGAAGCCUCUCAGGGUUUCCUAUGCCGCGGCCAGCUGCCUGCACGUCUGGAACACCGGCUACUUCUUCCAGGUGGAAUUCGACGACUCGGCCGAGGGAUCAGGGAUCAGCGGUGGCCCCUUGGAAAACCUCUACAGACUAAAGCAGUUCCAUUUCCACUGGGGAGCGGCGAACGAGCGGGGCUCAGAGCACACGGUGGAUGACCACGUGUACCCGGCAGAGCUGCAUUUAGUUCACUGGAAUUCGGUGAGAUACCGAAAUUACAAAGAAGCCGUAAUGGGGGAGAACGGCGUGGCCGUGAUCGGCGUGUUUCUAAAGCUGGGGGCCCGGCACGAGGCACUGCAGAAGUUGGUGGAAGUCUUGCCGGAAAUCAAGCAUAAGGGCGCACGGGCUGCCGUGGGCCCCUUCCAGCCCUCCCGUCUCCUGCCUGCCUGUCGGGACUACUGGACCUACCCGGGCUCCCUCACCACGCCUCCGCUCAGCGAGUCGGUCACCUGGAUCAUCCAGAAGCAGCCUGUCGAAGUGGCUCAGAGCCAGCUGGCUGCCUUUCGCACGCUCCUGUCUUCCGCGCUCGGUGAAGAAGAGCAUUCGAUGGUGGACAACUACCGUCCACUUCAACCCCUGAUGAACCGGAAGGUCCGUUCAUCCUUCCGGGCUGCGGAAGGGGGCAUCCGAGUGGAUUCUGGCUUUGGGCGAUUCGAGGCUCUGGCCUCCACUGCAGAGAAAGCACCCCGACUUCCUUACACACCAUCUUUGCUGGGAAAGCUCACCCUCACGUUAUUUUUAAAAGCCGGCGUUAACCCUGGGACACUGAGACCCUCCCGGGAGCCACACCGAGCCUGGAUGCGUUGCACUGAAACCACAAACACCCCAAGAGGAAAGACGUGGCUCUCAGCCCUCAAAGCAAUGAAACACCGGGAACACGAGACCCCCCCGAGCCCUCGGCCUUCACCAGGGUUCCUCGUCCUCCCUCCAGCCCUGUGCUUGGACAGGGCACUCAUCCUGUCCCUGGUCCACGGCUUGCUUCCCUGCAAGGGUGGUGUCCUCAUCUACCUGCUGACUUGCAGCCCAGAAUAG